AUGCCUGCGUCGCUGGCGACACCUGACGCAGACGACAUGGAGGAAGGCGCCGCACUCAUACCGGCAGACGACGGCGCGACGCAGCUUGCGAGCCUCCGCGACCUUCACCGCUUGCUCGAGGAGGAAGGCGGGGCGACGGGCAAAGGCGAGACGGUCAUCAUCGAGUUCUUCAAGCAGGCGACCAAGUCCGUGAACGGCGAGAAGGUCGCCUACACCCCUCCUGACCAGGAGUGCUGCUUGGGCGAGACGUCGCUGAUGAGCCUGGCGACGCAAUAUGCGCCUCUGCGAGUCAUUCCGCGUGUUGUCCUCCCGCAGGGCGAGGAUAUCUCGUCCUCCUUGCGCUUCAGCAUAACCCCUCGCUGGGUUGUCUUCAAGGAUGGCCGGUACACUGUCGAGAAGACCAGGACGAGCGCAACGAGGUUGAACGCCAUCUUCCAGCCGUACGCCGCAGGCGCCCCUCUCCCCAGCGACGCAAAGGUCAUUCCCCUCGCUCCACCAAGAUGGUACGAGAAGCUCGCCUUGGCCGAGGUGCAGCUCUUCGAGCGGUACACACUCUACCUGCGCGUCGACUGGAAGCGCUUCCUCGUCUUGUACCUCCUCGUUUUUGUCUGGCUCUUCCGUCGUCAACUCUUCUCCUUGUAG